GCUAUUGUCCAUAUCUUUCUCGGGUGGCAUUAUAAAUGUCUACUUGACACCAACAUACAAACAUAGACAAGCCUUCGCCGAUAACACCUCAUCUAACAGCAUUGAUCAUAAUAUAUCGAGUGCAAAAUGCAAAGCAUGAACAAAUCGAAAGCUAUCGAUUAUAUUGCGAAGUUACAGUUGAUUUGUUCACCAAGCGUAUAAUAACGGGUGACUUGUUUUUCAAGAGACGUAUUUUCCAAGAUCGAUGGUUAGAGGCAGUCAUUGGUCGGAAAACUAGCGAAGCUGAGGGUGAAACAGACAAUUUACUUAUGAUCUUGAAAGCAAAGUAAUUUGGAAAAAAAGAAACGACAAUAGAAGACCACGAAUUUAAGAGUGUGAAAUAAACUGGCGACAAGUUCUUGAGUUAGAGAGAGAAGAACGUUUUAGUUGAGCUUCUAUCUUUAUAAGGGUGGAAAAAAACUGGAAAUAUUGUUCUAAGAACUUAUCAUCUUUUGGAAGCAAAUGCAAAAAAAAAAGAUCAACUGUGAAGUAUUCAAAAUUUAUUUUUAAACUGUCAGAACGAAGAGAAUAAAAAUAAAUAAAAGAAAACCUGCUUAUCGAAACUAGAAAAAAAAAGUGACAUUAAGAGGCAGAAGGUAUUGUUUCCAGUGAAACACGUCUGGUUUGUCGAUUUUCAACUAAAAGUGAAGUUUAUUUAACAACUCUGUAACAGUCAUGAAUCUUAAAGAGAUGAAAACACCAAUCCAAUAUCAUUUGCUUCUCAUAUCGCUGCCGGUUUUAGUUCUUGUAUUUUUCGUGACCGCGAGAACUGGAGAAUCAGCGUGUAUAGAAGUCCUCUUCAGAGAAGUCACUGCAUCAAAAUGCUUAACUGAUCCGAAUAAAAUAACUGGAAACACGACAUCUGCCGAAGACUGUGCGCUUCAGUGUAUUUUACAGAAUGAAUGCGAAUAUUUUACUUACUGUAAAAACCUAUGUUAUAUGCAUCAAUCAUUUUAUGACGAAGAAAUUAAAGAUUCUGAUUGCAACUGCUUAUCGUAUAUUUUAAUCUCUGGAAACAGUACAAGCUGGCAGAAAGUGUUUGAGAUGACCGUAAAGUCAUUUAAAAGAAGUCCUGUGUAUUUAUAUUGGGACAAACUUCCUAUUAAAAAGGUGGAAUUUCGAGUGAGAAAAACACGUGUAAAUGAAGAUGAUUACUUAUUAGUUUUCAAUGGAACGGGGACGGAUUCUACAUCGUGGUUCCAGAAAGAUAAAAUCAUUGUAAAUCAACAGAAUCAGGUUCUACGGAACCUUACUUUCAAAGAGAAGGACCCGCAUUUCAGAAUCGAGUGGGGAGCUUCAGCUCAACAAGGAUUCUUCGAAGCUAGAAGAAAACCUGGAAAUAAUGAAGAAUUCGAUAUUUUUCUAAACAUCAAAGGAACGAAAGUGAGUUUAGAAGCCCUGGUCGUCUCAGUACAAUUAAAGUAGAAUACAUAUUAUUCCAGAAACGGCAUAUUCUUAAAUAAAUACAUACAUACAUAUAUACAUAUUUUACACGAUCGUCGACACUGGAUCUGAAUCGAAAUAUUAUAGUAUAUGGUAAUACAAGCAAGAAAAUAAUUUGCUGGGAUGGAAUUACCAUUUAAAUUUACAUGAAUAUAUUACAAGUACUUAUUUCUACGCCUAAGGGUGUGAUAAAAUAUUUUCUAACACUGUGAGAAUUAAACACAUGACCUGUCCGUUAUAUUUGUAGUGUUUUUAACCAAUCACACUACAAACUUUCUUACACGUUUCUCAAAUUCUUGAAGGGUACACCUGAGUUUGUUUUACAAUGUAAAAGCUGCAGUGAUGUCGUUAAUAGAGGAAUAAAGUUAUCGAUCGCUACCCACGAGCACAUUUUUCAAAAUUGGUGUCUUUUCAACAUUAUUAUUAACUGCUUAGCUCACUUCUGCGAUAAAAGUCGAAUAUCUCUUUCUUUUUAUUAAUCAGAUAACCUCGGAAGAACUUUCUCGAAUCAUUUAUUUAUUUGACCAGUCUCUUCUAUUUUUUUAUUGUCUACUCAAUUUCCUGUGAUGUAUUGACGGUCGCCGACAUCUGAAGAACCACAACAAACUCUGACGUCAUAACCUCUGGACACUGGACGAUCCAGUGGAGUUUCAUCUUUUUCACGUAUCAACUAUAUCAGUUGUAAGUUUCGUACAUAAUGACGUUGUUAGUGAAACACGAAAUAAAUGAAUGUAGAAUACAAUUAAGUAUAUCAUAACUAAUGAAAUAUUUCGCGUAAUAUAAGAAAAAACGAGCUAAAAAUUGUUUGAUAUGCAUCACGGUGCCUUUAUGUAUGUGCUCGAUGCCUGUAACUUUAGAAACUGGCUACGCCUCCGAAAAGCUGAUGUCUUGUUGGGUUCCUUAUUUCACAGUUUAUUUUUCACCAGCACGAAUCGAUGUUCAACUUGGUAAUGGAAAAUAUAUCGGCACUACAUCAGUGUGUGGUUUACAGUGGUGUAGUCUAAACUGCUGUGAAAUGACCAGAUCUGGAUUAAAGGUUAGGGUUAGGACUUCGGUUUAAAGUUAGGAAAAUGGUUUAGGGUUAGGAUUAUGGUUAAUAUUAGUCUACACGCUGAAGUGUAAAUGGUCAGGUAGACCACUUGCUAAAAUGGCACAAAUAUUUCUCUCUUUCACAAACAUUCACCUCUUUUUCUGUCAUAUGCUCAGGAACAUUCUGUUGUACACAAAGAUAAGUUCACAUAUUUACUUUCCGAAUGUAAUAUUUAAAGAAUGGUUAUUCUUUGUUAUUUCUUUACUUCUGUACUUUUUUCUCUGUAACCAGGUUAUUCUUUGUAUUAUUGUUAAAUAAAACAUUUUUGUCUGAGAAAAAGACUCGUCUGUUAUAUUU